AUGAAGGACUUUCGCAUGCUUAUCCUUAACGUAAACGGAAGGGCAGAAGUAAGUCCUAUAAAUAGCGAAAGUGCCCAAACGCCCUUUUAUAGUUGUAUGAGCUUAAUAGAGAAUUUGACUACAAUCUUGAAGAUGGUGAAACUGUCUACUUUCUGUUGCUUGUUUGUCCUCCUCCUCUUUGCCUUUGGUAAUGGCCUAUUCUUCAUAUCUUAUGAGAAACUAGUGCUCAAGGCAGAGACAAGAGACUGCCACAAAGUCUGGACCUGCAAAGGAGAAAAUCGUUGCUGGGAAGACUGUAAAAAUCGGCACAGCGGAACGGGUCUCUGCGAUUUGUACACCGCACCCCCUGUUCCAAAGCAAUGCUUUUGUGCAUAUAAAUGCUGA